UUAGACGAUGCAGCAGGCAGAAAGAGCAGAGGGAAGGAGAGGAAGCUGCCUGCAGUGAGAGGACAGAGGGAUUAUAAUCAUGUCUGCGUCCUGGAAGCAGCUCUUUUUUGAGAUCCUGCUGCUUCUCGUCUCCUGCAGACACAUCAAUACAAAGACAACGGUUCCAACACCUCCACCUCUGGACCCCGUCAGUCCCAUUCAGACAGAUGUGAAGAGCUCUGUUCUCAAAGGUACAAGUCAAACGGAGAAAGUUGAACUGUUGAACCCUGUGAACCUGGCUCUGGAGUGCACCUGGACAGGUAAUCAGAACAAACAGCCGAACAUAACCGGCUUCUGGAGAAAAGAUGGAGUUGAAGUUGAGAACAGCCGCGUCACAGUGCCGCUGGAGAACAAUCAGUAUAAUCUCAAACGAGUGUUCAGCAUUGUCCGUGAAGAAAACCUUGGGAGUUACUCAUGCGUUUUCGGAAGCGAAAGUGCAAAAAUAGAGUUUGUUUUGGCAGCUCCACAGAUCGGUGAGGUGCGAGAUAAACCCAUAGUGAGCUAUGUGGGGGACUACGUGGUGAUGUCGUGCAAAAUGGAAGACAGCAAACCAAAGCCGAGCACCUGGAACUGGUACAAAGCAAACGGUACAGACAAGGAGCAGAUCUUUCCUGUUGCAGAGCCGCUUCGGUACGAAAUCAAAAAUGAAGAGAAGAAGACCAAACUGGUGGUGCACAACCUGACGGAGGCUGACGGAGGCCUGUAUUACUGCGGCGCGGUGUACGCCAUCGCCACCACCAUGGGCCACGUGGAGCUGAAGGUGAUCAGCUUCCACGAGCCUCUGAAGCCGUUUAUCGCCAUUGUGAUCGAGGUGAUCGUCCUGGUCGCCGCUAUUCUGCUCUACGAGAGAAGUCAGUCCAAGAAAAAGGACACCGCAGGAGAUGAAGCAGCUGACCAAGCAAACACACUGACUCAGGGAGACAGUAAUGGACCAGAGGAAAGUUCUUCAACGAGGCAGCGGAAAGUUUAAAAACAGCAAAUCCAAAAACAAAAAGUCAAGCUUCUUUAAAAAUAUAUAAUAUAUAUAUUAACUUAUUUUCAAAUGUGAAUUGUAGAGCUUUAAAGCAAUAUCUCAGCAACUAUUUUACGAGUAUGUUCACCAGACAAAGUGCAAUAAUAAUAAUACUAAUCACUUUUUGUUUGUAAACAAGUAGCCUCUUUAAGGUUUUCACUGUUUCACUGGAAGAUACUUUAUUAUUAUUGACAGUGCUGUCAUGGCAGCUACAAGAGCAAAGCAUUUACCUCCUUUGGUUUUUAGUCUUUAACCCUGUUUGUACCCACUUCCUGUGGAAAAACACAGACACACAUCACUAUGCCUUUGACACCUCUCUCUCUUUCUCUCU